AUGACGGUUGCGGCGAAAGACAAGAGGGAAAACGCAUCCUCGCAACGCGCCGUGGAAGCCAUCUCGCGCAUAGAAACCUUAAUAAAAUCUAUACAAAAAGGAACCUUAGAAGAGGUCAUAAAAUCCUGCCUCGCAUUCCGCGACCAAACGGAGGUAUUGAGCGCACGAGACGUGAAAGGAAGAGGGUGUUUACACUUAAUAGCGCAGAGGCGAGACGUGGCGGCGGUGGAUAUUUGCAAACACUUGGUGGGAAAUGUAAAGUGCGACGUGGAGAUGAGAGACGCCGACGGCGCGACAGCUUUACUCAUCGCGAUGUCGAGAGCGAAUGCUUUAGUUCUGGAGUAUUUGUUAGUGGAUGGGAAAGCUGACGCGCUGGUGACAUCGAAGGACGAGAGGAACGCGUGGCACUUUUUAGCCGAGUGGGACGGCGGGCGAGAGCAGGCGAGAGAGACGGCGGACGUGUUGAUGACGAAAUGUGGUGGUGGGCCGGAGAGAGUGCAAGAGGUGAAACGAAUGUUGGAGAAGAAAGCGAGUGGAGGGAAUACCGGGUCGCCGUUUUUGUUCGCGGUCGGGUGCGGGUCUCACGAAGUGGCAAAGUUGCUUUCUCGGGAACUCGACAUCGAAGGGAAGCGGGAGACGAUACGCGAGGAGACGUUGCAGUCGGGAGUCGGCGCUGUGGUGUUAGCAACCGCGAGUGGCUGCGUGGAAACCUUACGGUUUGUUUUAGAAGAUUGUAAAAUAGAUGCAAAUCAGAGAGCGGAAGGUGGGAUGUCUGCUUUGCACGUGCUCGCCAGUCACCCGAAAUGGGCCGGGACGGAUCCGGAAGACUCGGAAACGAGAAAGAAAGCGCUUGACGUUUUACUCAAUAAUGGAGCCGAUGCGAACGCGCGAGAUAAAGACGGAAUGAAAGCGAUACACGCAGCUGCCGCGUGUAGAAGAGAGGAUGUGGUUGAGUAUUUGCUUUCGCACACGGAAAAAGAUGAAAAUUUGAAAGAAGAAGACGAAUGGAACGCGCAAGCGGUGAUGCGACGCGUGGAGGAGUUGAUCAUGGAGAUUCGCAGACAACACAGCGGCCAAGCGGAAGGCAAUCCCGAGCAAAAUUUGCACGAUUUACCACAAACUAGCAUAACUAGGCACACACUUGGUCCACAAAAGAAGUUAUCCGAGGAGGAAAUGAAAGAAGCAGAGCAACAUAAACGCCUCGGCGACGAAGCGUUCGUCGGCGGUAAAUACCAAGACGCCUUGGACGCGUACACGAAAAGUUUGGAAACCGACGAGUGGAACUCGAAAGUGUGGGCGAACAGGUCCGCGUGUAAAGAAAAACUGAACGAUUAUUUGGAAGCGAGAAAAGACGCUGUCACUGCGAGAUCACUCGACCCAACCUACCUGAAAGCCUGGUUUCGUGAAGGCAAAGCGGCGAGGGCGAUGAACGAUUUCGAGGGCGCCGCGGUGGCGUUUUUUGAAGGUUUGCGCUUGGACGAGAAUAACGCAGAUCUGAAGAAUGGAUUCGAGGAGGCGGUUUCCGAAGGCAGAAGAGCGUUCAUGCAGCAAGAAAAGAACAUGAAUAAGAAGUGA